AUGCCAACGACUCCCGUCCCCGGCUUCAUCACCAAGAAAGAAGCGUCUGAGAAAUUUGCGCGGUCGCACCGUCAGCUGACUCGUGACAUUGCUGACGCGAUGAAAGUUCAGAAUGCCAAGGUCCUGGAUCAUUGUCGAUUGCGGACCGAAGAAGGGGAGGUGAUCGACGGGUUGGGAAUGACACCCGAACUUAUCGAUCAACUCUGUCUCGAUGGCAAGAAUCCCGUCUGGUAUUUCCGGACGUCCUGGUUGGAAAAACAAUACGGUCGCCGAGGCCAUGUUCGACAGCAGCGACCUGGAUCAGAUCAUGUCGCUUCGAGCAUGGAGGAGGGGAGUGAGCCUUCGGCUCGCCCCGAAUUGGUCCACGUUCUGCGUGAACGUAUUCGCGGACUCGAACAAGACAAACAAGAUCUGCGCGAUGAGAUGAAGAUCAAGAAUCAGCAAAUCGCCGAUCGUGUCGAACGCGAAAAGGAAACGAACGCCCUUGUCCGCGACUUACAUACGUUGAUGGCCGAUAUGCAACAACGGCUGCUCCCAAUGCCUUCGACUCAUUCGCCCCGCGCGACGACUUCCGACACGCCGGCAGCAUCCUCGACUCCAUCGCAACCACGCUCGACCGUAACGGAAAUCGAAGUAGACCAAGAGUCGCCGACGACCAAAACCAAAAAGGAGGGUGACCGCAAACAGAAGAAAGCAAACUCCAAGAAAUCCGGCAAUCGCAAGCGAAACGCAGCUCGCACGAAGCUUGGCAAGGACCAUCUCACACUCGCCGACUGGCCGAUCGGCGUGGCGACGUACCAACAGCGAACGCAGGAAUCCGGGGAACAGCGAGACUACGCCGCGUUCAGUAUCGAGCGCGAAGACGGCACGCGUCAGAAAGUGACCCUGGAAAGUCCGUCCCGUGUGGGACUGCCCACGGCUGGGGACAAGGAUGUGCUGAUCGCCCUGCUGUUCUUGGCCAAGGAACAAGGCUUCGCUUCCGACAUCGUGCGGUUCGUCCCAUGGCAACUCCUUCAAGUCAUGGGCUGGCCCAGAAAUCAGAAGAGCCUGCUGCGACUUAAGACAUCAUUGAAGCGUCUCAAAGCGCUGACAGCGACGUAUGAGAGUGCCUGGUACAGUCGCCGAACCCGGACGGUCGAGGCUUGUCUCAUCACCGGAAUCUUGGCCGAAGUCAAGGUCGUGUUUCGUAAGGGGCGUCGUGCCUCGGAUGCUACGCCGGAAAGCUACGUCCAGUGGACACGGCAUGUAUACACAAGCUUACAAGAGGGGAGUCUGAUCGACCUUGAUUUGGACCUUUACUUUUCCUGCAAACGACCCGCCGCCAAGGAUCUUCUGCGACACCUGAACAAGGUCUGGCAUGGGGGCCGAAAGCCGAAGCCAUACGCUCGGGAUCUCAAAGAGCUGGCCUGUGGACAUCUUGGCAUGACCGACUCGAAGGAUCUCAAACGGAACUUUGACCAAUUGGUCAAAGAGCUGGAGGCUCGCAACUACGUUCGUCCCACUGCAUCCAGUGUGCGUUACAAAAAAAUCCGCCCCGGGAUCUGGCGGGUGCACUUCGAGUUGCACCCGGACCAGCUGCGAACCAAGAAGCAGGUAUCGCCGGCUGAGACUCCACAGAAAACAACGGGGGAUUCUGCAGCUUCCGAAGCAGAGCGGUUAGUGUGCCUUUACCAUCGCCAACGCUUUGACAAGGAAACCUACGCACCCCAGCAGCGCGAAGUCGACCAUGCUGCGACUCUCCUGGUGGCCCAUCGAAUGGAUACUCUCGUGCAACUCCUGCCGGCCGUUGCGAAGACCGUCAAACAGACGUUUCAGGAUCAGGAUGUGUUCUUUGGUGCUGCGGUACCGUACUUCGAGAAAGCGAUCGCUGAUGCACGGCGGCGAGAAAAAGUCAGUGCCCAAAAAGAACAGCAGCGGGAGGAAGUGGGCGCGAAAGAUGGCGAUUCUGCGAACCAGAAGGAUCUAAGGCAGAAGCGUCGACAACGAUUGCUCGAACAUUGGGCCGGUCUCAAAGAGGAGCAACAGCAAGGCUACCUCGAAAAGUCGAUUGAUGCCGCUGCUAGCAGCUUCGAUCGACGACGACUCGCACGCUCCCAGGAUAUCACCAAUCCUUCCAAUAUGGCCCUGGACAUCAUGGCUCGCCAUCAUAAGUUAUCAAAAGGGGAGAGUAUGUAA